AUGGACUCCUUGGUUGCGGGGGGAGCCGCUGGUCUUGUGGUGGAUAUCACUCUUUACCCAAUCGACACCAUCAAAACACGCCUGCAGUCAAAGAGCGGUUUUUCACACGCCGGUGGGUUUCGUGGAGUGUACAAAGGCCUUAGUGCUGUCGCCAUUGGGUCGGUGCCUGGUGGUGCUGUCUUCUUUGUCGGCUACGAUCUCACGAAGCGGUCACUUUUGAAUGACGAUGCAGCGAACAGCCCUAGUACACUGCGUCGAUUGAUGUCGCAAGCCGUAGCUGCGAUGGCGGGCGAGACUUCAGCGUGCUUGCUACGCGUGCCCACGGAAAUGGUAAAGCAGCAACUCCAGGCGGGUCAUCACCAUAACAUUUACCGUGCACUGCUGCACAUAACGCAUAACACGCCGCCGGAUGUCAACUCAUCGGUGACACCUAAAGGAAUACGCUGGCUCGGUAUCCCGUGGCUUUUUACAGGCAUGCCUAUAAUGUUGCUACGUGAACUGCCGUUUGCCGUGGUGCAAAUGUCUUGCUACGAGGGACUUAAAGCAUGUCUCCACACGGAAGAGAGACCGCAGUAUUUGCCGGUGUGUGGGGCAUUGAGCGGUGGUACAGCGGCGUUUGUUACGACGCCACUGGAUGUGUUGAAGACGCGUAUUAUGCUUAGGCAGGUGGCGAGUUCGAAGCAUGCACCACUCGGUGGAAUUGCCGUGGUUCGUGCGGCAUUUUACGAGUUGUUGUGUGAACCGCCGCGAGCAUCAGACAAGUGGGGGAGGGCACAACGUUUUUUUAGGGGAGUUAUUCCACGCGUGAUGUGGAUUUCCAUCGGGGGAAGCAUUUUUUUUACUACGUACGAGACUGCGCGUCAUGGCUUCCAGUGGGUGAGGGCACCGUAA